UGGUUCACCGUGCGACUCUUAAGUGAGCGGAGUUAGAGAAGAGAGUCGCCGCGCGACGACGUUGCCAGCAGCAUGGACUUCCCCAGCUCGACCGAGUAUGCAGUUCAGAUGUCUUGUAAGAGUUGUGUAAAUGCUGUUAAAAAGACUUUGGAAGGAGUUGAUGGCAUCAGCUCUUUUGAUAUAAACCUGGAAGAACAGCGUGUUGUGGUUAAAUCUGUUCUACUGAGUUCUCAAAUUAAAGAACUGCUUGAAAAAUCUGGUAAAAAAGUAGCAUUACAGGGCUAUGGAUCAGAACUUACUGGGAAAAAUUUGGGUGCUGCUGUAGCUGCAAUUGAUAUGGGUAAAAGUAUGGUUCAAGGAGUUAUUAGAUUGGUACAGGCUUCACCAAAAACGUGUGUCAUCGAAGGAACACUUGAUGGCUUAAAACCUGGAGUGCACCGACUGAGCAUACAUGAAUAUGGUGAUAUCUCAAAUGGUUGUAAUAGUUGUGGAGAUAUUUAUGGUCUAAAGCAAAAGUUUGAUAAAGAUGCUCCUGGCAAUCUUGAUGUUAUAAAAGCUGGAGAGACUGGAAGAAGUGACUUCAGGCUGGUCAAAGAUAAUCUUAUCAUUUCAGAGAUUAUUGGUCGUUCCAUGGUAAUUCAUGAAGGAAACGAUAUAUCAUUUACAGGCAAUCCAAGUGAUAGAGUUGGUUGUGGCGUCAUUGCUCGAUCUGCUGGACUAUUUCAGAAUGUCAAAAAGAUUUGUGCUUGUGAUGGAGUUAAUGUUUGGAAUGAGAAAGUGAAACCAGGCAACACUGCUGAGAAUGAAUUGCCGAAUGCUAAAAUUUAGAAAAAUAUAUUGCAACGGUUUGGGUUUUGUUGAAAUUAAUUUUUCUACAGAACUAUUAAAAGUUCAAUGUCAGUUGAAUUUUGAAAAUAUAUAUUAUAACCAUUCAUGAGUUUUUUUUCUUCUUUACUUAUGAGCCCAGUAUUACAGAAAUCCAUUAAUUAGCAUUAAU